AUGUCAUCUGCUGUAACAACACAACAACAGCAUCCUUGGAAUGCAUCAAAGGUUAGACAAACCUUUUUAGAUUAUUUCACCGAAAAAUGUGGUCAUAAGUAUGUUGCCUCAUCUUCUGUUGUUCCUCAUAAUGAUCCUACAUUGUUGUUUGCCAAUGCUGGUAUGAACCAAUACAAGCCUAUUUUCUUAGGUACUGUUGACCCAAGUAGUGAUUUUGCUACUUUAAAGCGUGCAGUUAAUUCUCAAAAAUGUAUUAGAGCUGGUGGUAAACACAAUGAUUUGGAAGAUGUUGGUAGAGAUUCAUACCAUCAUACAUUCUUUGAAAUGUUGGGUAAUUGGUCUUUUGGUGAUUACUUUAAAAAGGAAGCAAUUGGAUUUUCUUGGGAUUUGUUAACCAAUGUAUAUGGUAUUCAAAAGGACCGUUUAUAUGUCACUUACUUUGGUGGUGAUGAAAAGCAAGGUCUUGAGCCAGAUUUGGAUGCUAAACAAUUUUGGUUAGAUGUUGGUGUUGAUGAAGAUCACAUUUUACCAGGUGAUGCUAAGGAUAACUUCUGGGAAAUGGGUGACCAAGGUCCAUGUGGACCUUGUUCCGAAAUUCAUUACGAUAGAAUUGGUGGACGUAAUGCUAGCAGUUUGGUUAAUGAAGAUGAUCCUAAUGUGUUGGAAGUUUGGAACAUUGUGUUCAUUCAAUACAAUAGAGAAUCUGAUGCAAGCUUGAAGCCUUUGCCUGCUAAACAUAUUGAUACUGGUAUGGGUUUUGAAAGAUUGGUUUCUGUGUUACAAGAUAAAUAUUCAAACUAUGACACUGAUGUUUUCGAACCCAUCUUUGUUAAAAUUAGAGAAAUCACUGGUGUUAGACCAUACACCGGUAAGUUUGGUGCUGAAGAUAGAGAUGGUAUUGACACUGCUUAUAGAGUUAUUGCUGAUCAUGUUAGAACUUUAACUUUUGCCAUUGCAGAUGGUGGUGUGCCUAACAAUGAAGGUCGUGGUUACGUUUUAAGAAGAAUUUUGAGAAGAGGGGCUCGUUAUGUCCGUAAGUAUAUGAACUAUCCAAUUGGUACCUUCUUUUCUCAAUUAGUACCUGUUGUUAUUGAACAAAACAGCGCAAUUUUCCCUGAAAUCGAAAAGAAUCAAGUUGAUUUGAAGGAAAUCUUAAACGAAGAAGAAGUUUCUUUUGCUAAGACUUUAGAUAGAGGUGAAAAGUUGUUUGAACAAUAUGCCAUUAUUGCAUCAAAGACCCCAGAACAAACCUUAAGUGGUAAGGACGUGUGGAGAUUGUAUGAUACUUAUGGUUUCCCCGUUGAUUUAACUCGUUUGAUGGCUGAAGAAGCUGAUUUGAAAAUCGACGAAGCUGGUUUUGAAAAGGCAAAGGAAGAAUCAAGAGAGGCUUCCAAGGCUGGAGGAAACAAGGCUAGUGUUGAAUUGGUCAAGUUAGAUGUCCAUGCUUUAUCUGAAUUGGAUUCCAACUCUAAAAUCCUGAAGACAGACGAUUCAUUUAAGUAUGGUGUGGAAAACGUAAAGUCAACCAUUUUGGCCAUUUACAAUGGCUCAGAAUUUGUUGAUACCAUUGACAAUGAAGAAAAGCAAGUUGGUAUUAUUUUAGACAAGACCCCAUUCUAUGCUGAACAAGGUGGUCAAAUUUAUGACACUGGUAAGAUUGUUAUUGAUGGUAAAUCUGAAUUCAACGUUACCAACGUUCAAGUUUAUGGUGGUUAUGUUCUCCACACUGGGUUUUUGAUUGAAGGUUCCUUAAGUGUCAAUGAUUCUGUUAUCUCCACAUAUGAUGAAUUGAGAAGAUGGCCUAUUAGAAACAACCACACUGGUACACACGUAUUGAACUAUGGUUUAAGAGAAGUAUUGGGUGAUGGUGUUGACCAAAAGGGUUCCCUCGUUGCACCUGAAAAGUUGAGAUUUGACUUUAGUCAUAAACAAGCUUUAACUCCAAAGGAAUUGGAACAAGUUGAAGAUAUUUGUAAUGCAUACAUCAAGGAAAACAAACAAGUUUUCUACAAGGAUGUUUCCUUAGACACUGCCAAAGAAAUUACUGGUUUGAGAGCUGUUUUUGGUGAAACUUACCCUGAUCCAGUUCGGGUUGUUUCCAUCGGUACACCUGUUGAGGAUUUAAUUUCUGAUCCAAAGAAUGAUGCUUGGAAUAAGAUUUCUAUUGAAUUCUGUGGUGGUACUCAUGUUUCUAAGACCGGUGAAAUCAAAGAUUUGGUUAUCAUUGAAGAAAGUGGUAUUGCAAAGGGUAUUAGACGUAUUGUUGCUGUUAGUGGUAAUGAAGCCCAUGCUGUUCAAAGAGUUGCUGCUGAAUUUGAUGAAUCAUUAGAGAAUGCAUCCAAAUUACCAUUUGGACUGGCCAAAGAAGCUAAAGCUAAGGAAUUGGGUGUUGCAUUAAAGAAAUUAUCAAUUUCUGUUAUUUCUAAGGCUAAAUUGAAUGAAAAAUUCACUAGAUUGGACAAAUCCAUUAAGGAUGAAUUAAAGGCCAAGCAAAAGGAAGAAAGUAAGAAGACAUUAGAUGCAGUUACUGAAUGGUUAAGCGAAAAGGAAUCUAAGGAUUUCUUUGUUGCUCAUAUCCCAAUUGGUGCUAACGCAAAGGCUAUUACUGAAGCCAUUAACUUAUUGAAGAAACAACAUAAGGAUAAGUCAUUAUAUUUAAUCACUGGUACAGAUGACAAGGUUGCUCACGGAUGUUAUGUUUCAGAUGAGGCUAUCUCCAAGGGUGUUGAUGCUACUGUCUUAGCAAAGGCUGUUACUGAAAAGAUUGGUGGUAAAGCUGGUGGUAAGGGUAAUGUUGUCCAAGGUAUGGGUGAUAAACCAUCAGGUAUUGCUCAUGCCAUUGAGCAAGUCACCAAGUUGUUUGCUGAGAAGUUAUAG